GAGGCAGUGAGGGGAGGGACUGCCAGUUGGAACAGAAUUGGAAGGGGGAAGGAUACAGCCCUGUAGUUUGUUUGUUGUCAAACUAUUCCUUUUCUGUUCAAAUUUUGUAGAGGGAAGGUCGUUAUGAAAUUGGGACUUUACUAAAGCAAUUUGUUAGUGAGGUGAUCAAGGCGAACAUUGUGACAAACUGAGAGAAGCGAAGGAGUGAAAAGGAAAAUGUCAGUGGUAUAUAAGAGUCCAGUGGCCUGCACUGAAAAUAAUCAAUACCCCUACAUGAGAAAGGAGGCCAUGAGCUGAUGUGUUGGUUGUUAGUGUGUGUUUGUGAACCAUGGUUUCAGAAGUCUCUUAAUGCAAUACUGAUGUUAUCGACCCAAGUCAAAUUCUGAUGUGAUAUUAAAAUGGCAACUGUGGCCAUUUUUCAACACAUGAAAAUUACAAACAUUGUUCAUGUGUCAAAUGCUUUAAUCUAAGAUUAUUUGGAUUAAACUCCCAGCAAUGUCACAUGGAAUGCCUUGAUUUAAUGUAUUGCUUGAACAGCAAUGUAACAUUGCCUAGAAAGAUUUCAUGAAAGGAACUAUAUAAGGUUUGCCAGAGGAGUAUAUCAUUAUGAAUCGCUACAUCCAACUUGAUCAGCUUGGGGAUGGAACUUAUGGUUCUGUUGUCCUUGGACAAAGGAUAGAUACUGGAGAAAAGGUUGCUAUCAAAAGAAUGAAGAGAAAAUAUUUUUCUUGGGAGGAAGCAAUGAAUUUAAGGGAGGUGAAGUCGUUACAGAAACUUUCUCAUGCCAAUGUUGUGAAACUUAAAGAAGUUAUCAGAGAAAAUGAUACACUCUACUUUGUAUUUGAAUAUAUGAAAGAAAACCUUUAUCAACUUAUGAAAGAUAGACAAAAACCAUUUCCAGAAUCCGAUGUGCGCAAUAUCCUUUAUCAAGUUCUUCAAGGGUUGGCAUUUAUGCAUCGACAUGGUUUUUUCCACCGAGAUAUGAAGCCAGAAAAUCUUUUAUGCAUGGGCCCUGAUCUUGUAAAGAUAGCAGACUUUGGAUUGGCAAGGGAAAUCCGGUCACGACCUCCAUUUACAGAUUAUGUGUCUACGCGAUGGUACCGAGCACCUGAAGUUUUGUUACACUCAACUAACUACAAUAGUCCAAUUGAUCUGUGGGCAGUUGGUUGUAUCAUGGCAGAACUAUACCUCCUGAGGCCACUUUUCCCUGGAAAUAGUGAAAUGGAUCAAAUAUUCAAGAUUUGUUCAUUUUUAGGAACACCAGACAAGAAUGAAUGGCCUCAGGGGUAUCAAUUGGCAUCCUCAAUGAAUUUUAAGUUUCCCCAAUUUUCUCGGACUCCUCUCUCAACACUCAUACCAUCUGCAAGUAAAGAUGGAAUCCAACUAUUGGACCUCUUUCUUAUGUGGCCACCAUCUAAAAGGCCGACAGCACAACAGGCAUUAAGGUAUCCUUACUUCCAAGUUGGCCAGCGACCUGCUGUAAUUGCAGGAACUCAAAAGUCAAGACCUAGUGCACAGUUACUGCCUCUCAACAUUGUGGAGCUGCCAGAUGCUAGUCAAAAGUUAGGCUCUGACAAGACCAGCAGAGAUGUUAAUUCCUCUUUGAAGAGAAGUGUUUUACCAUCUGAGCUCCUCUCUCAGUCCUUCAAUGAAUCAAUUCGUAGUAAAAAUAGCUCAUCAACUCAAAAUAUGGAUCCUGAUUCAGAUGUGGUCACAGAAGACAUGCAACAAGUCUUCAAAAGUUCUAAAGCCAUGCCAAAUGCUGGACCAAAUUUAAAAGGCUCUGAACGAAAUUCAUUGAGAACAAGAAACAGUUCUUUGAACCUGUAUCAAAAGGGAGCAGGAGAUGGUGGUACUCUCAAUGCAGAAAGCAAACGACAGAACUCAAUAAACCCUGUUGGUCGAAGACAAGUUGUGAGUGAUGUGGAUAGCAGACGCUCUAGUAUUGUCCAACCAGAGUUCAAUCGGUCUGGAGCGAGUCUGCAGGACCCUGUACGAGACUUCAUGGCCUCAAUAGGACUGCCCACAGAUAAAGUUAUUUAUUCACAAAAUCAAGAUUUCAACUCUUCUUCCAUGAGGACUCUUGUGAACAGGGAAAGUCACAAUUCCAGCAAAGCAACAAUCACAAAUAUUCCUCCUACUUCUAAUUCAAGAUCUCACCAUUUCCCAUGGAGUGAUCAGAGUAACACUGAUACUUUUGCUGAUAUUUUGGGCAGCAAAAUUGUUUUACCUGAGCGGAUUAGCAAACAGCAAGGGGUUGGCCAAAAAGAAAAUCGACAAGCGGCCAAUUGGCAGCUAUCAUCAUCCUAUAACUCUGAUGCAUUCCAACCAAGAAAAUUAAGUGCUAAACAGCAUUAUCUUGCUGUAGCCCGGUAUGUUGCUGGUCAGAGCACAAAUAUUAGUCGGGGCAGGGAUGAAAUUGGACUGGGCCUCAGUGAAACUCCUGCAGCACUUCCAGAAAACGAAUCGUCAUGGAAUCAGUCACACCACGCCCAUAUGGAUUCAGCUAGGAACCACUAUCUGUCCAGAUCACGGUAUAUUUCUGGUCACUCAACAAGAUUACCUCUUCAUGAUUUUGGUUCUGAAUUGAAAAGCUCAGCAACUGUUGGAGGAACCCGCCAGAGUGGAGGUGCCCAUGGUCGUACUGAUUGGGCUGCCAAAUAUUUGAAAUAAGGAGUCAGACUCAACGCCAAUAUUUUCAAGCUGUGAUACUUAGUUAAGAGAUGUUUUUCGCCUUCUCAUGGGACUGCCAAUUAAUGGUAGAGGAUGUGCAUGUGCCUCUCACAUAAUAUGUAUAAUUUACAAACAUGCUUUGCCUUUCGUAAUUUACUGCAUGAAAAUAGUGAGAACUGAUAAAAUCAAGGAUCAAGUAUGCAUUCAUAAGUGCAUAGUUAACUUCCUUCCUCAUCAAUAAUCUUUCUGUCUGAGUAUUUAAAUCAUUUUACUCAUGUGUGAUUUUGAAUUGGUACUUAUAAUGUAAUGUCUGGAACUAUCAAUGCUACAAAGUGGUGCUCAACUUUACAAGCCUAGUGUUUACCUUCCUGUAUUUUGCUGUUAAUAUUCCAUUCCGAAUGAAUGAAUCUAUUUGCAGUGUUUUGUUGAAUGUAUGUUUUGUGAACACUUGCCUUUUUCUUCUUCAUCUUCUCACUUAUUCAUUCCAUUUUCUUGGGUUUCUUUGCUGUGUUCUAUCCCUAGUUAGUUCCACUUAAAAUUUUUAGUAUUCAAUCAUACCCUCUAGGUAAUCAGAAAAAAAAUCAGACAAUCUAGUGCAAAUUAAUGACAUGUAAAUGAAAUUGCCAUCUUGUGCCUUUACUCUUAUUCUAUUGUGCUCAAGAAUCUGUAUUAUCAGUCAUUUGCUAGCUAUAGCAAUCAAUUAUGUUUUGCUAAGAAAUCAAAUAGAUUUGUUGUUAUUUUUGUAUGCUUGUCCAAUUGUUGAAAGAAUAUUAUCUAUCAAAUAAAAUACACAGGUGCUUUUUUUGUCAAAGGCACCAAUUAUGUAUAAAGGUUCUCAUGGUGAUAUGGUUUAUGCACUGAAAUGGGUUUUAUGUAUCACUGCAUGGGUCAAGCAUAAAGAUCUUUGCUUAGGUAUUAAGAAGUUGUCUUGUUUAAAUUUUAAGGGACCAUAUUUUUACAUUGUCUAACGUUGGUUGCUCAGCCAAUUGAUAUGAAAGAUGGUAGGAGCUAGAUUGAUACUCCAGCGCAAUCACCUUUCUCUGGUAACAGCCAAUAUCAAGCAAUAUCUCUCCCAUAUUCAAAUGUGGUUGAAUCAAUGAUUGUAAUGAACUUAUGUACCUGUUAUGUUUAAUUUUAUAAAUGCCCUAUCCAGGACAUAAGAUUUCCACCAAAGUUUACUGCUAUAGCCUAAUCCACUUUAUGUUAUUUUUCAACACUUAGGAAGUAACAUUGUUUACCUCUCCCAUGCUUUAAAAGUUCAUUAACAUUAUAACUUAGACAGUCCAUUGAAUCAGCGUGAUAUAGAUUGUUCUUUUGUGUUUGUUAAUUAAUUGCUAGUUGCUGAUAGUCUAGCUGCUGUGCAUUUAAUAAAAAUGUUAACUAUC